AAUAGAAAACAUUGAGAAAAUUUCGCUUUUAAAGUAAAGCGAUUUUCUUAUCACUGAACUAAACAAAAUAUGUAACAUACUUGAAACUGGAGUGAGUGCCAAGUUGUUAUCAAGUUCCACGUUGUCCACUUUAUUAGAAAACGUUUUAUUGAAAACGUAUCAGUUUUGUAAAAGAGUUGAGUGAAGUAGAGUGUAAAGUUUUUCGAAAAUAUAAUAAAUAAAACAUGGAUGGUGAAGGUGAGAGCAUAUUGGAUGCGGUUAAUUCGCAAGAGGAUGGACCCAUACCUAAAAUGCCAAAAGAUUUCAAAAUGCCCACACAAGAAGAACUUAUAAAAUUAAUUUCCGAAUUCGAUAUGAGUGACGAAGAAAAAAACGACUUAAAAAAGAAUAUUUUAAGCGGACAAUUCCUGAAGGGUUUGGGACUUGAUCAAAAAUCUCAACAACAAUAUUUAGACUCGUCGAAAAUUAUUAUUUUUUUGUCGUGCAUAACGAUAAUGAUUUUGGUUUUCGUAUUUUUCGGAUAUAAACUCUACAGAUCGCAAACGGAAAAAGAACGAAAGCGCGAAGAAAAGAAGAAACAAAAACAGCAAAAGAAGAAACAUAAAUAACUUAAUAUUUUAAUAAAUUCAAAUUCUUAUAAAUUUAUUUAUUAAGAUUUUCUUUAACCAUCCUUCGUCAUCAUUAUCCGUUUUUUUAAUGUUUUAUGGAGUGAAAUAAACGAAUAAAUGUAUGUAAAAGAAAUAAUCAGGUUGUUUUUAAUAAAUUGUUAUUUGUUUUAAGUACUAAAUAUUUUAAAUAAAUGGUGCGUGGUGUACUUUUGUUAUCAAA